GUACUAUUUUGGUUACCCAAAAAAAUAAGAAAAGAGAUGAAAUGCGUUUGAUAUUAAAUUAAACCAUUACAAGUAAAGUGUCCUUAAAUUAAAAUGAAUCAUAUAAUUCAAAAUGUGCACGCAGAAAACAAAAUAUCGACGUUUCAAAGUGCUUUUGCCGGCGGGGCAGCUGGCGCGUUCACUCGGGCCGUGGCCCAGCCGCUGGACGUGCUCAAGAUACGGUUCCAGCUGCAGCUCGAGCCUAUUAAACAGGGCUCCAAGUACGCCUCCAUAUUCCAAGCUCUAACAGCCAUCGUGAGGGAGGAAGGCGUCACAACUCUAUGGAGCGGUCACGUUCCCGCGCAACUACUCUCAGUCACAUACGGCAUUGUACAGUUCUCCACCUUCGAAAAGAUAGUUAAUACUUGCCAGCGAGUGGACGCUGAGUUUUCACAAUCUCACAGACAUGCUAUAAACUUUUCAAGUGGAGCAAUAGCAGCGACUGUUGCCACGGUUGUGUCAUUUCCCUUCGACACUGUGAGGACGAGACUGAUCGCCGAGCAGAAGACUAAGAAAGCUUACAAAGGGUUUUCACAUGCACUGGCCACUAUGAUCAAGACUGAGGGUGCAAGAUCUCUGUUCAAGGGACUGCUGCCAACACUGGCACAAAUAGCGCCCCAUUCAGGUAUACAGUUUGCUAUUUAUAAACUGUUUACUGAUAAUAUACUCACCAAAGUAGCAUUCUUUCAAAGGCCCACUACUCUUUCCUCUACGGUGGAGUCAACUCUAGUAGCAAAUUUAAUAUCAGGAUCAAUAGCAGGUUUUGUGUCAAAGACUGCUAUUUACCCUUUUGAUUUAGUGAAAAAAAGACUGCAAAUCCAGGGAUUCCAAGAGCACCGAAGUGGCUUUGGCAAGCAGAUGUAUUGCAGUGGUGUUCUGCAUUGUGUGAAGUUGACUAUCAAUAAUGAAGGGUUUUUAGCACUCUAUAAAGGGUAUGGCCCCAGUAUGUGUAAAGCUAUCUAUGUCUCAGCAUUACAUUUUGCUGUUUAUGAUGAAAUCAAACAUUUCCUAAUGAGAGUUGGUAGAUGAGACUUUCUGACUUAGCUAAUAUUAGUAGAAAUUUAUAUCAAUUAAGUAUGUACUUGCAUUAAAUGUGAGUGCAUGUUCUGUAGAAUCAAAAAAAGUAAUUCAUUUAUAUGUAAUAGAUUGAACAUCACUUAUGUAAUCCUGCAAUUUUAUACUUGAUGUAUUUUGUAAUGAAUGUGAUAAGAUCUGAAUCAUUGUUGACUUUACUUUCACUGUUAUCUUAAUAGAAUCAGAAGACAUACAUUUUAAUGUCAGUAUCUUUGUUUAAAUAGCAGUCAUUACUACUGUUCUCUACAAAACAAUACAUAAUGUUCCUACCAUGUUGUUGAGUACAGUUUACUGAGUUCACUUGAGUAGUAAUUACUUGUUUGCCCAAACCUGUGAUAACAAAUGCCAUUGUAACACUAUAUUUAUUUAAGCUUGCUUUUUAUUUAUUUAAAUAAUUAUGUCAUCAAUAAAUAUAAUUUUAAGAAGA